CAGGCGGGCGGGCGCCGUGGCCCAGGGGCCGCGGGCGCGGGAGCCCGGCAAGGUUGAACUGGGCGGCGGCGCGGGCCGAGCCGAGGGAGGAGGGGAAGGCGGAGGCGCGGGGAGCGUGUUUGGGGCGCCGCGGCAGGGAGGGUGGCGGCCGCCGGUGCGCGCGGGGCGCUGUGUGUGCGCGCUCUCCCGCUCGGGGAGGAAGAUGGCCCAGAAGGGAAAGUUGGGGUGACGCGCGCAGCCCCCCGAGGCUCGGCUGGAGCCGCCGCGGCGAGCCCGACGGAGCGGCGGCCAGGCAGGCCGGGGGGCGCGCAGUCCGGGUGCCUCCGAGGCCGCCGAGGCGCCCGCCCCCUCACUGCAGGUGGCCGCGGGUGCCGCGGGUCCCGGCGGCCGGGGGCGCGGGCCGGCGCGCGGGGGAGCCCGGCUGAGGGAUGGGCUGCGCCCCCAGCAUCCACGUCUCGCAGAGCGGCGUGAUCUACUGCCGGGACUCGGACGAGUCCAACUCGCCCCGCCAGACCACCAGCGUGUCGCAGGGCCCCGCGGCCCCCCCACACGGCCUCUUCGUCCAGACCGACGCCGCCGACGUUAUUCCCCCGAGCGGCGCUUCGGGACCCCCCGGCGCCGCCCGCGUCCGCAGGGCCCGCGCGGAGCUGGGCAGCGGCGGGAGCAGCAGCAGCAGCAGCAGCAGCGCGGGCUCCGCAGCCCCCGCCGCGACCACCUGCAGGGGCCGGAGGCGCCACUGCUGCAGCAGCGCGGAGGCCGAGACCCAGACCAGCUACACCAGCGUCAAGCAGGUCUCUUCUGCGGAGGUGCGCAUUGGGCCCAUGAGACUGACGCAGGAUCCAAUUCAGGUUUUGCUGAUCUUUGCAAAGGAAGAUAGUCAGAGUGAUGGAUUCUGGUGGGCCUGUGACAGAGCUGGCUAUAGAUGCAAUAUUGCACGGACUCCAGAGUCAGCCCUUGAAUGCUUUCUAGAUAAACAUCAUGAAAUUAUCGUAAUAGAUCACAGACAGACGCGAAACUUUGACGCAGAAGCGGUGUGCAGGUCGAUCCGGGCCACAAAUCCUUCCGAGCACACGGUGAUCCUUGCGGUGGUUUCACAAGCAUUGGGUGACCGUGAAGAGGCCUCUGUCCUCCCUCUCCUGCAUGCAGGCUUCAACAGGAGAUUUAUGGAGAAUAACAGCAUAAUUGCUUGCUAUAAUGAACUGAUUCAAAUAGAACAUGGGGAAGUUCGCUCACAGUUCAAAUUACGGGCCUGUAAUUCAGUGUUUACAGCCUUAGACCACUGUCAUGAAGCCAUAGAAAUUACAAGUGAUGACCAUGUGAUUCAGUACGUCAACCCAGCCUUUGAAAGAAUGAUGGGCUACCACAAAGGCGAGCUGCUGGGCAAGGAGCUCGCUGAGCUGCCCAAGAGUGAUAAAAACCGGGCCGACCUUCUCGAUACCAUCAACACGUGCAUCAAGAAAGGCAAGGAGUGGCAGGGGGUUUACUAUGCAAGACGGAAAUCCGGGGACAGCAUCCAACAGCACGUGAAGAUCACUCCAGUGAUUGGCCAAGGAGGGAAAAUUAGGCAUUUUGUCUCCCUCAAGAAACUGUGUUGUACCACUGACAAUAAUAAGCAGCUUCACAAGAUUCAUCGUGAUUCAGGAGACAAUUCUCAGACAGAGUCUCAUUCAUUCAGAUACAAGAACAGAAGGAAAGAGUCCAUUGAUGUGAAAUCGAUAUCAUCUCGAGGCAGUGAUGCACCAAGCCUACAGAAUCGUCGCUAUCCAUCCAUGGCAAGGAUCCAUUCCAUGACCAUCGAGGCUCCCAUCACAAAGGUUAUAAAUAUUAUCAAUGCAGCCCAAGAGAACAGCCCCGUCACAGUAGCAGAAGCCUUGGACAGGGUUUUAGAAAUUCUACGGACCACAGAACUGUAUUCCCCUCAGCUGGGUACCAAAGAUGAAGAUCCCCACACCAGUGAUCUCGUUGGAGGCCUGAUGACUGAUGGCUUGAGAAGGUUGUCAGGAAACGAGUAUGUGUUCACUAAGAAUGUGCACCAGAGUCACAGCCACCUUGCGAUGCCAAUAACCAUCAACGAUGUCCCCCCUUGUAUCGCUCAGUUACUUGAUAAUGAGGAAAGUUGGGAGUUCAACAUCUUUGAAUUGGAAGCUGUAACACAUAAAAGGCCAUUGGUUUACCUGGGCUUAAAGGUGUUUUCUCGGUUUGGAGUAUGUGAAUUUUUACACUGCUCUGAAACUACUCUUCGAGCCUGGCUCCAAGUGAUUGAAGCCAACUACCACUCCUCCAAUGCCUACCACAACUCCACCCAUGCCGCCGAUGUCCUGCAUGCCACUGCCUUCUUCCUUGGAAAGGAACGAGUGAAGGGAAGCCUCGAUCAGCUGGACGAGGUCGCAGCACUAAUUGCGGCCACGGUGCACGAUGUGGAUCACCCGGGAAGGACCAACUCUUUCCUCUGCAAUGCAGGCAGUGAACUUGCCGUGCUCUACAAUGACACCGCUGUCUUAGAGAGUCACCACACUGCCCUGGCUUUCCAGCUCACCGUCAAGGACAGCAAAUGCAACAUUUUCAAGAACAUCGACAGGAACCAUUAUCGAACACUGCGCCAGGCCAUUAUCGACAUGGUUUUAGCAACAGAGAUGACCAAACACUUUGAACAUGUGAACAAAUUUGUGAACAGCAUCAAUAAGCCAAUGGCAGCUGAGAUUGAGGGCAGCGACUGUGAAUGCAACCCUACUGGGAAGAACUUUCCUGAAAACCAAAUCCUGAUCAAGCGUAUGAUGAUAAAGUGUGCUGAUGUAGCCAACCCAUGUCGCCCCCUGGACCUGUGCAUCGAAUGGGCUGGGAGGAUCUCUGAGGAGUAUUUUGCACAGCCUUUGCCCAUCUGCCAGCCCUGAUGCAACAUUUGGCUGAUAACUACAAACACUGGAAGACAUUAGAUGACCUCAAGUGCAAAAGUCUGAGGCUUCCAUCUGAUAGCUAAAGCCAAGACAGAGAAGGGGACCUCGGGAUCUGCGAAGGGCACUGUGAAUCAGUCAUGGAAAUAAGAGGCAUUCCUUUCUAGUGAAAAGGACAGGUGUAGGUUAAGGAGUUGGUGUUUAAUAUUGGACCUUUGAAUUAUUUAAGUCCCCAAGCUUCAUUUUUAGAAAGUUACGUUCCGUGAAGAGAAAGACAUGUUCUUUUGAACACUUAGUGACAGAACAAACACAUGGCAAAAUCCUUUGUCCUACUGUCAUCCUGUGUGUCCUCAUGAAACCAUGGAGCUCAUUUACUAUAUAUAAUAGCAGGACACAGCAGCAAAGACUUGGUGCCUGUGAGCCCAUCUUGCUGGAUGACAAAGUAGCUUAGUUAGUGUCUCUUACCAUAAAAGUCACCUUCACUGUUUAGCUUGACUGUUUUCCUCAAGAGUCUCAGCCUGAAGGAUUCAUAAUACCUAAGGUGAAAAAACUAUAUAAAAAAAUGAGCAAAACAACUAGGACCAAAUUACUGAUAAACUAGUUGGUUUUGUCACCUCUAUGGCUAAGCAGUUCCUUUGCUCAAUGGUGUGACAAGCAAGGUUGACCACAGCCUUGGCCUGGUGAGUGCCUUCUGUAGACUGGUAGCAGUGGCCUGUGUAGCCGUCUUUCCUAGAAAAGGAAUUC